AGCCAUCGAAUUAAUAGCUAGCAGACCACUGAUAGCUCGAUAGGAGGGUGAGGAAGCAAGCGCCUUGGAGGCAAGAAAAGUAAGAUUGUACUCCUGCGAAGAGAUCGGAGACCGGCGAGAUGGUGGAUAUUGGAACGCUCAGCCGCAUCAUCAAUGCUGCGCGGGCAAUCCAAGAAGCAGCGGAAAAAGUUGAGCAGAAUCAAGAGGAUUGCGAGGAUAUGAAAGGGCACGUCGCGCUGGUCACGACGCAGCUCGAGCGGCUCAAGAACAACGGGCCGCUGAUGAUGGACACAACCGUGAGCCCCGCAGUUGCGGCGUUCGACAAGAUCCUCCCUGAAGCCCAGGAGCUUGUCAAGGAGUGUCAGGUGAAGAGGAACAUCAUACAUCUUCUGUGUACGGCCGGCACUCUGUCCAAGAAGCUGAGGCGGAUGAACAAGAGGAUCAUGGAUAGGACCAUGAUCCUUAUGUGCGCCAUGAUCGGUCGCCUGGAGUGCCAGCGGCCAACUCAGGAGCAAGUUGGUCAUGAGCAACCACCAGCUGCCCCUGAUGGUGACAUGAGCAAUCAGCAACCCAUCAGCAUAGUCAACGAGAUCGUCGGUGUUGCGGACCGGAUCAAGGAGACGGCGAAGAUGGUUCGCCGGAACAAGGACAAGUGCCUUGAGAUCGAUGAGCGAGCGGGCAUCGUCAGCGCCUUCCUGACGCAGCUUGAGAACACGGACGUGAUCAAGGACCCGGCGCUGAGCGCCAAGCUGAAGAAGAUCGUCAAUACCUUCCAGCACGCCUAUGAGCUGGUGACGGGUUGCCAGGAAUGGAAGAACUUGUUCAUGAUCUGGCCAGGCCAACUGUCCAAAGAGCUCCACAAGGUGCUGGACCAAAUGGUGCUUGACCUCGAUGGCAUCACGGAGAUCAGUAUCCGUUACACAAAAGGGUAAAACAUUUUCAUUCAUUCAUAGGCAGGUUACAGAAAUGAGUGCAAAGUUGCCCCAUUGAAGGUUUGCCAAUGCAUCUCUUACUGGACAAUGCAAAUUAUGGCUUAAAGCAUUACAAGAGAAAAGGCAAGAAGUAGGAAUCGAAGCGUGUCUCGCCAUCUUUGCAAGCUUGUCAGCCACUUUAUUGUUUUGUCUGCUAAUCUUCAGGAUGGAACAAUUUAUUCCCUGUGUCACAUCUGCAAAUUCAGCAAGAACAGGUCGCAGUGACCAAUGGCCUGGGCUGUGUUGCAGUGAGGCCGUCCUGGCUGUUUUGGCUAGCACUUCGUUAUCUGUAAUCAAGUUAGCCCUCUGUAAAUUGAGUGCUCUAGCUAGUUUCGCCCCCAAGAGUAGAGCGUUUGCCUCUGCUUGUAGUGGCUCCAUUGCUUGCUGUAUACCUACCUGAAAAAAGGAACCAGAACAGAGACUAUGGCUUGGAGUUGUUAGAAUGAAAAUACCAACUCCAGUUUGGUUGUAGGCAGCCGAUUGUUGCACACAUACAGAUGCAUCACAGAAAAUAUUGGGGCCCUCUUGAAUC